CAGCAAUUGCAAUGCACUACUUCCCGCAAAAGGUAGAAGAGGCGGAGCUCCAAAUCGCCGAGAAGACACAAAACCUCCGUCGUCUCGAGGCUCAGCGCAAUGCACUCAAUGCUAAGGUUAGGUUGUUGAGGGAGGAGUUGCAGUUGCUUCAGGAGCCGGGGUCGUAUGUUGGUGAGAUUGUGAAGGUUAUGGGAAAGAAGAAGGCACUUGUUAAGGUCCAUCCCGAAGGCAAAUAUGUGGUUGAUAUCGCGCCUGAUAUUGAUGUGAAGACACUUCUCCCGACACAGCGUGUUUCGCUCCGUUCGGAUAACUACCAACUGCAAAAGGUUCUGCCAAAGAAGGUCGACCCCCUCGUGUCCCUCAUGAUGGUCGAGAAGGUCCCGGAUUCGACAUACGAUAUGGUCGGUGGAUUGGAGAAGCAGAUUAAGGAGAUUAAGGAAGUCAUUGAGUUGCCAGUCAAGCACCCAGAAUUGUUCGAGUCCUUGGGUAUUGCGCAGCCGAAGGGUGUAUUGCUCUACGGUCCCCCAGGAACUGGAAAGACGUUGUUGGCGCGUGCGGUGGCACAUCAUACCGAUUGUCGAUUUAUCCGUGUCAGUGGUUCGGAGUUGGUACAGAAGUACAUCGGAGAGGGAUCCAGGAUGGUUCGAGAGUUGUUCGUGAUGGCGCGUGAGCAUGCACCGAGUAUUAUCUUCAUGGAUGAGAUUGAUUCUAUUGGAUCGAGUCGUACGGAGGGUGGUGGUGGAGGUGGUGAUUCAGAGGUGCAGAGGACGAUGUUGGAGUUGCUUAACCAACUUGAUGGAUUCGAGCCUACGAAGAACAUCAAAGUCAUCAUGGCGACAAACCGUAUCGACAUCCUCGACCCAGCUCUCCUCCGCCCCGGCCGUAUCGACCGCAAAAUCGAAUUCCCACCCCCGACUGUCGAAGCCCGCGCCGACAUUCUCCGUAUCCACUCCCGCAAGAUGAACCUCACCCGUGGUAUCAACCUCCGUACCAUUGCUGAGAAGUUAUCGGGUGCGAGUGGAGCUGAGGUUAAGGGUGUGUGUACUGAGGCGGGUAUGUAUGCGUUGAGGGAGAGGAGGGUACAUGUUACGCAGGAGGACUUUGAGAUGGCUGUUGCGAAGAUUUUGGCGAGGAGUGAGGAUAGGGAUGUUAGUAAGCAGAGGUUGUUUAAGUAG